AUGUGUUACUUUGACAACCAGCGAUUGGUGGCCUGGGCAGAUGUGCUGUUCCUCUGUUGCCUUCCCUCUCACCUACCCAAGGUGUGUGCAGAGCUCCAAUCCCACCUGCCAAAGCACUGCCUGGUGUACAGCUUCCUCUCUGCCGUACCUUUAAACAGGUAAAAACUAAUUUAAAAGAUCUCCAAAACCCUUGUGUUAUUGGCAAGAAAUAUUACCUGCCAUUCAAAUCAUUGUCCCGAAAAACAUUUCCUCAAAAACUCAUAUCUUUGUAUAACUCCAUCCACACCUGCUGGAUUCUAUAUUAUGUUUUUUUUUUAAGAUUGGCACAGCUUCUUGGUCACAGCUUCAUUCUCAAACCACAGUAUGAGUUUGUGGCUUGUGACUCUGUCAACAUGUGGCUUUCCCGAGGUCAUGUGACCAUGGCUUUGAAAGACCCAGAAGUAAUAGAUGCAUCCUGUCCUCUUGCCAUGAGAGGUUGGUAAUUAUUGGUGUGGACACUUACUGCAUAUUUACUGUACGAAAUGUAAAUGUCUGAUGGUAUAUUCAGACAUACAAGAUAAGAUAUCUGAUCCAUUUUCCUAUUUAGGUGGGCUCUGUCUGGAUCCAAAGUGGCUGUUUGGGUUGUUGUACAGUCUCUUGAACAUGUGCACCGCGGCAAAUGUGGGAUCCACUGAAGCCCUUGGGCUGAUCAAUGAGCUGUUCCAGUUAAAAGGUCCAGGCACUGUGGCAUUCAUCCUGAAUAAUUUUGUCAAUUCCUCCUAUGCAUCUUCCCUGACGCCAGAUGAGUAAGUUUUCAUUUUGCACACAUUUUGUACAAAGGGUUUUUCUAAUGAGAAAAGUUAACUUACAUAUUUAAUGUAACCUGUGUUGAAACUCAAAAAUACCCAGGAAUAGAAUGACAAACAUAUACUUUUUUUUAACACAAAUUAAUGAUUUGGCUAACUAAUCAUCAUUUUUCAUUUGCCUCCCAUGUUGUCAAGGUCUUUCCCCUGGAUUAAUUUAGUUGAUGUUCAGUCUAAGGAGACACCAUUAUCGUGCUUUAUAUCGAGAAACAACAUUAUGCAGGAUUGCGUCUCUGCUCUAUACAAUUCAGUAAUGGUGGCUCCACUGAAGGGAAAGAAAGAGACUGGAAAACCCAAUGAUGGAACUGUCUGUCAUAACACCAAAUCAUUGUAAAACAUCUGAUAUUGUGUGAUGUUGAUUUACUCACAAACUGUAACAGAGUAAAAUAAAGGGAUUGAGUAUAUUUUGUAUCAGAUCAAUUCAUUUACUCUGUAAAAUGUAUAACAAUCUCAGGUUAUCAUCAGGGCAUGGACAUAAGGAUGGGGACCAUCCAUACAUCUAUCCAUACAUCAUCAACCAACACCAGGCAAUCAUUUCUCCACUGCUUUAUUCAGUGUUCAUCAUCAUAAUCAUCAAGCUGUAGGCCUAGUUGACGUGGCUUUGUCUGCACACGAAAUCCUGAAAUGUAUCCCUCAACGAAGUCUUAGUAUUCCCAGAGUGUAAUGAACAUUUUGAUUUGUCAGUCACGGUAAUAUUACUGUACCUGCAGAGGCAAGUAGAGAGGAAACAACUUUCUCACGAUUAACAUCGUCAAAUUCCGCUAAUACUCGUUAAAUUACGGCAAUACCAAAAUCUGUUAUUUUCUGGAUGAGAAUUUUUCUGCGCAGUCUGAACGGAGUUUUGACAGAUCAGAUAACGUUGGCUCGUGUGCUACCUACAUUUCCGGAGAAAAACCUGGAACUAGCCAAGCAGGAAUACAACAAAUCAUUAUCACAUGAUUAUCUCAGGUAGGUUUUUUAUUUAAUUAUAACUUGUUGACGAGUAACAAUAUGUCGCAUAGAUCCAAAGAAUGUCAGAUGAUCAUAAGACUAGCUAGCUAGCAUAUACGAAGGCUAUAGCUAGCUAGCAUAUACGUCCAGCUCAGCAGGGUGCAGUCAUUGCUCCGCGGGGACAGCAGCUUGCUACUAACAGCAAAAUUGGUUACAAAUGUUGAAAUUAUGUGACCAAAAAGAUAGCUAGAAAUGUAACUUUGUAACUGCGCGCGCAUCAGUCGGGCUUUGACGUUAGCUAGCUAGCUAGGCAGCAUCGCAUUAGUGGAAACCAAUACCGUUCUCAGGGCAGACCUGGUUGUAGCUAUAUGUUUGAGUCGCGUCGGGAACAAUUUUAGCUAACGCUUUUCCUAACCUUAACCUAAUUAUCAUAACCUGCCAUGUUAAUUCUCCUAACCUGCUGCGUAUGUUCUCCUAUCCUGUUACGGAAAGUCACUUCUGCUGGUCAAAACCGGCAGACACGCCCUGACAACAGUCUUGGUUCCCACUAAUGCGAUACAGCAUUUUGUUUGUUUCAUUCUGUAUUUGUUUUUCUUUUAUGCAUGAUCUGAAUGCCUUCCAGACAUUCUCCUCUGAUAUGAUGGUAAACUGCAAUUUAGUGCUAAAGACAAGUGUGUGCGUGUGCGAGAGAGAGAGGAGGGAAUACAGUACGCGAUUUAGAGCGAGACUGAAAAGUGUUUAUGCAUUCAUUUUAGCGAUGGAGAAAUUAGAGGCUACAUCCGAGCUUCAAUCAAGAUUGACAGCGUUGUCGGUUUCCUCUUUCCCAGGGAUAACGUCGAAAAACUGGGAGACCAAUCCGCUAGACAGGUAACUCACCUGUUGCUGAUUCCUACUUUGAUAUUUUGCUUUUUAGCUACUGUACUUCGUUCCUGAAACGUGCUAUAACUGAAUACAAUUGAAAUACAUCACAAAAAUGUUGAAUAUUUGUAAUGCAUUGACGGUUUUUAUGUAUGCCUCACAUAGCACAAUUGCAUUGUUUGUUGAAUUGUGAUUAGAAAUUUGAUUAGACUGGUCAUCUGUCUGUGUACAGGCUCCAGAGCACAGACCUCUCAAAUAACUCCAACCACCCCAUAAGCAACCCUGAUAUGGAUGGAACGAAUGACACAGAGGGGUCCGACCAGCCAGCUGAGGUAAACAUCAUGUCUGCCUAAAAAAUGACAUGGCAAUGAAAUGAAUUGGCAGUAAUGAAUAUACUGCAAGCACCUAUAGACUUGUUGCAUGUGUGUGUUUUCAGGUUGAUCAGGAGGCUCCUGGUGGGCAGCAGGCAAUGGGGGGAGAUGUUGAGGAGAACAGCCGAAGUGGGAAUAGUCAAAACCCUGGAGAGAGAAAAGGUGACACACUAGUGUUUCACAACUACUGACACUUAAGAGAACUCAUAUCUUUCAUCCAUGUUCUGAUGUCUGUAUCGCAACUUACUGAUAAAAGAAUGAUCAUACUGAAAAUAUAAAUUUGACAAAGGAUCUCUAAUUGUGUGAUACUCUACUAUCACACACAUUUUGAACACUCUCUGCUCAUGUUUGGUUCCCAUGUUGUCCUCACAUAUGGUCUAUGGUUGUGCUCUAGCCCAAAUGCCCCCACUAAAGCCUCCCUCCACGUGGACGUCCAUGGCGAUGAAGGAGCUCAAGGCCAAGCUGCGACUGGAAAAGGACAGUGUGGUGACAGUGUACAGAGGAGACAUUAUGACCGUACAUGUGCCCACUGUCCAUGAGGGAAAGCGAGUGUGCUGGGAGUUUGCCACAGAUAGCUAUGACAUAGGCUUUGGAAUCUACUUUGACUGGACCCCUGUCACCAGCCGUGCCAUCACAGUCCACAUCAGCGAAUCCAGUGAUGAGGAAGAUGAGGAUGAGCUAGAAGGUCAGUAAGCACCUCCUUUUGGUUUGAAAUGUGUUUAGUUACCAACACAUUUUUUAUAUUUCAUAAUCUGAAAAGUUUAGGAAUAUCUUUGAUAAUAACUGAUCUCAGAUCUUGUAAUUCAUCUAACUGCUUCUUAUUCAUUUAGUUGAGGUUGUUGUCUUGAAGACUAUUUGUGUUGUCUCCUGCAGGACCUGUCAACACAGGGGAUGUUGAGAAGGGGUCCAAAUCAUUGGCCAACUCCAACCUAGGGGAAAUCUUACCUGUGUAUCGUCAGGACAGUCACAUGGCAGUGCAAGGUGGCAGUCAUGAGUAUCCAGGCGAGGGCACUUACCUUCUGAAGUUUGAUAACUCCUACUCGCUAUGGCGAAAUAAGACUCUGUACUACAGAGUGUAUUACAGUGCGUGAGGAUCCAGUCCACUAUUGCAUAUGAAUGUAUGACUUUGAAGAAUUAUGAUAUCUAUUUUUGAUUCCAUAGAAUAUGUUAGGGUUAAUUAUAGGUGCAUAUAUUUUUUAUCACAAUCAGCUGGUGUUGCUCGCUCCUAGGCUACAUUUAAAAUGUGAGAGGACAAGAGAAUUAUGGAGUGGGAAAUUUUUUUCAUAUGUUUUACUAUGUUUAUAGAGCAAGAUUUUACGAAGCUUUUUGUUUGUGCCAUGUUCUGGUGUUUAAAAGUUUUGUGCAGUGAGUUAAGGCAAAUUGCCCAUAUUUUCAAGAUAUAUGUUCUAUAUAUAUAUAUAGUAUAUAUUUUAUUCAGACACAAUUUCAGUGGCGGCAGCAAUCAGGAAACACUGAUAGAAAGAUGAUUGCUAUGUCAAAAGCUUAAACAGGAGAGAUGCUCUAUAGAACUGGGAGGUUUUCUUUUUGUGUCUACACAUUGUUUGAUAUCAUAUAAUGUUGGUGUGUACUUGAUGUGUCACUUUUUUGCAGAAUUUUGUUUUUAAACGUUGUCAACUUGAAUUGUAUGAUAAUCCCAAUGCAGCAUCUAAAACAAUGUUCAGUACAACAAUUCCAUUAUUUUUCUGCAAAUAUUGAUUGGAAUGAGUAAUUAUGUUGAUGAAAGUAUAUUGAAUGUUGCUCCGAGUCCAAUGCAAAGCAAAUGGUCACCCCCUGUCUUUUUUUUAUGACACAAAUAAAAGCCAUCCCCUAUCACAAAAAGCUCUUAUGUAAUACUGGUUCAAUAUUUACAUUGCCAAAUCCCUAUUUAGUUUGCUGGUUGUCAGGCGGUGGGUUGAUCUUGGUGGACAAUCACAUGAGACUAUUGUAGAUACUAACAGAUUCAAAAUAUUUCUGAAUGACUUGGAUUGUCCCUUUAAAGUAAAAUGUUAUGCACCGAUCUCUGUAAAGGAAGAUCAUUUUGAGUGUGUGUCUUUUCUGUGUUGUGUAGCUCUGUAUGCACCUAAUCGUGUUCGUAAUUUGAUUAUAGCCGCCCACAUGUAAUUCCCUAAAAUGUUUGUACCUCAUCCAUCUGUGUUGUGCAUGUUUCCAAAGAUAUCAUGAAUUGUGCUGCUAAAAUAUAAGGCAACUGAAAAUAAGUUUCAGCUUUGUACUGUACAGUAUGUGUUUCUGUUUGUUAUAAGCUUUCCUGAAACGUUUUUUCACAAUAAAGAAGAAAG